CGUUUCGAGCGUUUUAUUGCGGAUCGAGAAGCGUCAGAUUGCAAACAUAAACAUUUAUCGGCGUGUUAUUUUGCUCCCUCCAUCGCACAUAUAAACAAUUGAAAAUGGUUAAACUUACGCCAGAUUUGAUAAACCAAUCCAUGCAGUACAUGAAUCCAUGUCGUGAUCGAGAACUGGAUUUACGUGGCUACAAAAUACCGCAAAUCGAAAAUAUGGGCGCCACUUUGGAUCAGUUCGACACGAUUGACUUUUCUGAUAACGAUAUUCGUAAGCUGGACGGAUUCCCCCGGCUUCCUAGGCUGAAAUGUCUUCUCCUCAAUAACAACCGGAUUGUAAGAAUAAGCGAAAAUCUACACGAGUCGCUUCCCAACCUUCAGAGCGUUAUUUUGACCGGCAAUAACAUACAGGAGCUCGGUGACCUGGAACCACUAACAAAGCUGCCGAAUCUGGAGACGCUUAGCCUGCUAACGAAUCCCGUAUCAACCAAGCAACACUAUCGUGAGUACGUUGCUUUCCGUUUCCCUAAUCUGCGGCUCUUAGAUUUCCGCAAGAUUCGACAGAAAGAGCGUGAAGCAGCGAACCAGCUGUUCAAGUCGAAGAAAGGAAAAGAAAUGCACAAGGAAAUCGUGCGAAAAGCGAAACUAGCGUUACCUGUCGGAGCGGGCGGUGCUAGUUCGCCGGAAAAGCAAGUAGUGCAGAACGCUAGCCCGGCAGAUAUACAGAAAAUUAAGGAAGCGAUUAAGCGAGCCACGAACCUGCACGAAGUUGAACGGCUAAACCGCAUGCUACAAUCUGGUCAAAUAACUGGCGACAUGCUGAACGGUAACAACGACUCCGAAGCCAACUAAGAGCUCCGAUAGGAACAGAUACAUUUUACGAUCAGUUGGUCAAAGUGUGGUCGAGAAGUAUGU